UUUGUUUAUGAUGAUAAAGAACAAGUGCAGGAUAUUAUCAAUGCCUGCUCAUGCUCUUCCAUUGAAAGUAUGAAACCAACUAGCUAGAAAUCUGAAUACCUUCAAUAGUGCUUCUCUCACAACCCCCCCAUACUCUAUCCUUCCUAUCAUGGCAAGGAACGUAAGAUUGGUCGACCAAGGCUCCUAUGUUAUACUGGACAAUGGAUUGGUUCAGCUUACGAUUUUAAAACCAAGUGGGUUGCUGACAGGCAUAAAGUAUGGAGGGAUGGACAACGUACUGGACCUCAAGCAAAGUGAAUCCAAUCGGGGAUACUGGGACAUCGACUGGAGCCCACCAGGUGAUCAUGACAUCUACCAAAGAUUAAAUGGGACAGAUUACAGUGUUGUUCAAUCGUCUGACGACUGUGUAGAGGUCUCAUUCAAGCGUAUCUGGGAUCCAUCAGCUACCGGCAUCGUAUUGCCACUCAAUGUAGAUAAGAGGUACAUAUUAAGGAGUGGUGUUUCAGGCUUCUACUGCUACGCAAUAUAUGAGCACCCUGCCGGAAGCCCUGCAUUCGAUCUGACGCAGACGAGGAUGGUUUUCCGGUUGAGAAGAGAGAAAUUUCACUACAUGGCAAUCACAGAUGAGAAGCAGAGGAUAAUGCCAAUGCCAGAGGAUUUACUUCGUCAUAGAUCCAAGCAACUCAUUGUCCCUGAAUCAUACUUGCUCACUAAUCCCAUUAAUCCAGAUCUAAAAGGCGAGGUGGAUGACAAGUACCAGUAUUCGAUGGACAACAAGGAUGGUGGAGUCCACGGAUGGAUAAGCUCCGACGGCCCUAUUGUUGGAUUUUGGGUCAUCUUCCCCAGCAAUGAGUUCCGCAAUGGUGGACCUACCAAGCAAAAUCUCACCGUCCACACUGGUCCAGUCUGUCUGGCGAUGCUUCAUGGAACUCAUUAUAUUGGUAAGGAUAUGGUGGCUCAUUUUAAAGGAGAGGCUUGGACGAAGGUACUGGGACCAUUUUUCGUCUACCUUAAUUCGACCCCAGAUGAAUCUAAUGCACACGACUUGUGGGUCGACGCAAAAAGACAGAGGCUGUUUGAAGAGACUAUGUGGCCAUAUGAUUUCGUCUCCUCACAAUAUUUCCUUACUGCUGACGAACGGGGUUCAGUUUCAGGAAGAUUAUUUGUUCAAGAUAGAUUCGUCUCUGGAGAUCUUAUUCCUGCCAAAUGUGCAUAUGUUGGCCUAUCAGUUGCAACUAGUGAAGGAUCUUGGCAAUUAGAAAGCAAGGGUUAUCAGUUCUGGGUACAGACAGAUUCAAAUGGAGAAUUCACCAUCAACAAUGUGAUUCCAGGCUCUUAUAGCCUCCACGGAUGGGUUCCGGGUUUUAUUGGUGAUUACCUUGAGAAAGAACCGGUCCAAAUCUAUCCCGGAUCAGAGACACAACUUGGCAAUUUGACAUAUGUACCGCCGAGAGAUGGUGCCACUGUAUGGGAGAUUGGGUUUCCAGAUCGUACUGCAAUGGGUUACUAUGUGCCUGAUGUGAGCCCACUAUACGUCAAUAAGUUGUAUAUCAACAGUCCUGAAAAAUAUAGGCAAUAUGGACUAUGGGACAGAUACGCAGAUAUAUACCCUGAAUCUGAUCAAGUUUUCACAGUUGGAGUUAAUGAUUCCGGAAAAGAUUGGUUUUUCGCCCAUGUUGACAGGAGGCGACCAGAUAAAACAUAUGUUCCCACAACUUGGGCGGUGAAAUUUAAUCUUGAUUCCUUGGCCGGUGGAACUUAUAAACUGAGAAUUGCAAUUGCAUCAGCAAAUCGUUCUGACCUUCAGGUCCAUGUCAAUUAUCUAGAUGAAGAUCAUCUGGUCUUUCAAGUAUUGGACUUGGGGAUGGAUAAUGCUGUUUGUCGACAUGGAAUCCAUGGAUUAUACCGGCUCUUUAGCAUCGAUAUUUCCUCAUUAUUGUUGUCUGAGGGAGAUAAUACAGUAUUCCUGACACAAGCCAGAGGAGGAGACGCGCUCUGCGGAAUAUUUUAUGAUUACAUAAGGAUCGAAGCACCUGCUUUGUCCAUUAAGUACAGUGGUCAAUAGAAUGAAAAUGGAGCAUCAGUUCAUUUACCACAUGAGCUUCAAUAUAGAAUUUUUAAUGACUGGAUGGGCUUCGUCAACUGGUGCUUAAUGUUUCACUUUCAUCUCACAAAUCAUACUAGCA